AUGAAAAAAAGUCAACGGUCAAAAAAGACUCAGAAGUCAACUCCUACUACAUCUGAAGAGUUCUGGAAUCAGGCCAUCGAAGACGAAGAAUCUGGUGAUAGGUGGAUCAGUUCGGACUUGGAAAAAUCUCUUAGGUUCUACCAGAGAGCUUACAAUCAUUACAAUUCCGCCAUAAAGUUAGAUGGGGCUUACUUCGACGCUCAUUAUAAUGCUGCAAGGCUGCUUUUCCACGUUUAUUUGAAGUUUACUUCACAGGAAGAAAUUGACCUUUCAAAGUUGGAAACGAUCUCCACUUUUGAGACGGAUCCAAACUCGGUGAUUCAACCGCUGGAUAAAAUCCUAAUUGCACAUCAAACAACAUUGAAUCUGCCACCACCUGCCGAAGACUUGAAUCUCUACAUCGAUAUCUGUUUCAAUGCUGCCGUUUUGUAUACAGAACUCAUAGAAAAGGCUUUUGAUGAGGAUGUAGACUUUGACACACUGUUUAACUAUGCUACUAGGUCUGAGGAAUUAUUCAGUCGAGUUCUUCAAACACAGUUGGCAGAUGAAAACAUGGACAUCGAAACUCUUCUAGAUACAAUUGAAUCAGCUUACAAGAUGGUUCAGACAGCGUACGAGUCCACUUACAACGAAUCACAGCUGACGACAGUGUCCAGCCAUUUUGAAGAAUUUGUUUCUUCUCUCGAUGAAGUUGUUUCAAGCAAUUUUCCAAAGAUUCCCAGUGCUAGAAUGUCGGAUUUAACCAUUUCCAAAACUUCCUUGCUUGCUUCGAAAUGCCUGGAUUUUGACUCAUUAUUGCAUUUAUGGCAAGAUUCCAAAUUACCAGAUAAUUAUAAACGAUUUCUUCAGGCUGCAGAUAGUGUUCAGAACUUUGUAGACACGGUCAUACUAUAUGGUGUGCAGGUUAAUGAUGAUGACAAAUGGAAGUACUUGACGACUCUGAAUGGCCUGUAUAAAAAGGCUCAGGAAUUGAUUGUGAAAGAAACUGACUUAUUAAAACCACAGGAUGCACAAAAUUUUUCAGAGUACUCUAUAUUGAGGAUUUCUACGUUGAUCUCAAGAGCCGAUGUCGAUAUUGAGCGGAGUUGCCUGAAUGUUCCCCAAGCAAUCUCCAAUAAAGCAAUACUGUUGAAGAAUGGAAUUACUUUCUUAAAAGGAGCCAUCAACCUAUCAAAAGAAUCUGGAGGUUUGAAGGAACCUUCCAAAGAUAAACUGACUAGAGCUUUCAAAAGAAAACAGGCAGAAUUAAAGUUGUCAAAACUAGUGUAA